AUGGACGCGUCAUCAGUAUUGAGCGACGACGACUACGACUUCAUUUCUCCGACUGGAAGUGUUGCCGACCUUGCAGCCUAUGACUCUAUUGUCGAGCCUCCCCCGUUGGCAGCAGCUCAAGAUACAUUCAACACCGUUCAAUUGUCCGCUCAAGACUGCAUGGACAUUGCCUCUAGAAGCUUGGGCAUUGAUACGACUUCCCAAACCAAGACAAAGCGAAUUUAUGUAGAUGGUGUGUUUAAUAAUCUGAGUGUAAGAGAUGUCUUGCAACUGAGGCAAAUCAAGCUUUCUUUUCCUUCUGUCCACCUUGUGGCAGGCGUCUUUUCCGACGUGACUUGCGAACUUUUUGGCAUGUCAGGAAUGUCCCCACAAGUGGAGAGAGCUGAGGUCUUGCGGCACUGUCGCUGGAUCGACGAAGUACUUGCAGAGGAUGGGCCUUGCCCCAUAAACUCGGACUUCGUCAACAAGCACAAGUUUGACUACGUCGCUGUUGAAGAGGGAGCGACAGUUGAUCCGACAUAUCAUAAGCUACGGGUGAAGGGGUACGACGAAAUGAAGAGAAGUGGCAUUGUGCUAUCGACUAGAAGGACAACCGGAACUGUGGGUACCACUCCAACUCCAGCUCGCUCUCCGUUAUCCACUUCGCCUGUGCCAUUGAUUCCAGAGACUCCUGAACCGAUUGAUGUUUAUGGAAUUGGUAUCUGA